CUCGCCUCGCUCCUCCACUGAUCGCGAAUUUUAUACUCGCCGCCGCCGCCUCGUGCUGCCCACUUUAGCCGGAAAGGCCGUGGCUUCUUCCGAGCUAGCAGCAGCAGCAGCUCCUUACCUUGUGGAUAAAAGGGGAACGGGAGGUGGAUAUUCGCGUAUCCGGAGCUGAGAUUCGGAUCCGGAUCUCGCCGUCGCCGGGAUGAAGGACCAGGGAUCGGCCGGCGCGUCGCCCGGCCCGCCGGAGGGGGAGAAGAAGGCAAUCAACUCGGAGCUAUGGCACGCUUGCGCUGGGCCGCUGUCGGCCAUGCCGCCGGUGGGCAGCCUCGUGGUGUACUUUCCACAGGGCCACAGCGAACAGGUUGCCGCUUCGAUGCACAAGGAGGUGGACAUCAUCCCCAAUUACCCGUCUCUUCCAUCUAAGCUCAUCUGCAAGCUUCUGAGCCUCACCUUACUUGCAGAUUCUGAAACUGAUGAAGUUUACGCUCAGAUGACACUUCAACCUGUUAGCAAAGUAUGUAACAGGCCUUUGUGGUUUCCGUCCUGUAUACACCUUUUUUUUUUUUUAAAAAGUCUCUGCAUUCAAUUUCAGUAUGAUCGAGACGCAAUGCUGGCAUCAGAACUGGGUCUCAAGCAAAACAAGCAGCCAGUGGAAUUCUUUUGCAAGACGCUGACGGCGAGCGACACAAGCACUCAUGGCGGGUUCUCGGUGCCACGUCGUGCAGCGGAAAAGAUAUUUCCUCCACUAGACUUUUCGAUGCAACCACCAGCCCAAGAGAUCAUGGCCAAGGAUCUUCAUGACAUCUCAUGGAAAUUUCGACACAUUUUUCGAGGUCAACCAAAGAGGCACCUUUUGACAACUGGUUGGAGUGUCUUUGUCAGUACAAAAAGGCUUUCAGCUGGUGACUCAGUUCUGUUUAUAAGGGACGAAAAAUCUCAGCUUCUCUUAGGCAUACGCCGUUCUAUCAGACCCCAACCAGCUCUAUCAUCAUCAGUUUUAUCAAGUGACAGUAUGCACAUUGGUAUUCUAGCUGCAGCAGCCCACGCCGCCGCAAACAGCAGUCCCUUUACGAUUUUCUACAAUCCAAGGGCGAGCCCAUCGGAAUUUGUCAUUCCUUUAGCAAAAUAUAACAAGGCUUUGUAUACACAAGUUUCUCUUGGGAUGCGGUUCAGAAUGCUGUUUGAGACUGAGGAUUCAGGGGUCCGAAGGUAUAUGGGAACAAUCACAGGUAUUGGUGACUUGGAUCAAGUUCGGUGGAAGAAUUCUCAUUGGCGAAACCUUCAGGUUGGCUGGGAUGAAUCAACUGCAUCAGAGAGGCGCACCCGUGUUUCAAUAUGGGAGAUUGAACCAGUUGCCACGCCUUUUUAUAUCUGUCCACCACCUUUUUACAGGCCAAAACUUCCUAAGCAGCCAGGAAUGCCAGAUGAUGAAAGCGAGGUUGAGAGUGCAUUCAAAAGAGCCAUGCCUUGGCUUGCUGAUGACUUCGCCCUAAAAGAUGUCCAAAGUCAAUUAUUUCCUGGCUUGAACCUAGUCCAAUGGAUGGCUAUGCAGCAGAAUCCGCAGAUGCUACCAGCUGGUGCUUCAGCUGUGCAAUCCCCGUACUUGACCUCCAGUGGGAUGGCUAUGCAGGAUGGGAUGGGCACCGGCAAUGAAGACCCAACAAGAAGAUUUAAUAUACAAGGCCAAAAUAUUGGUUUGCCAAACUUACAGGUUGGUUCAAAAAUGGAUCACUCUGUAAUGGCUCAACAUCAACAGCAGUCUCACCAACUAUCACAGCAGCAGGUCCAGCAAUCACAGCAAAGUUCUGUGGUUCAGCAACAGCAAGCCCAGCUGUUGCAGCAGAAUGCUAUUCACCUCCAGCAGCAGCAAGAACAUCUCCAACGACAACAGUCUGUGCCGCUGCCGCAGCAGCAGCAGCAGCAAGAACAUCUACAACGGCAACACUCACAGCCACAGCAGCAGCAGCAGCAGCAGCAGCAAGAACAACUCCAACGACAGCAGCAGUUGAAUACUGCUGCAAGUAUGCAGUCAAUGGAGCAACAUAAGCUGAGAGAACAACAGCCCCAAGGUGGACAGGCUAUUUCACAAGCACAACUGUUGAGCCAGAUUUUCCAACCAUCUUCAUCUCAGCUGCAGCAGUUGGGGUUACCCCGGUCACCUACCCAGCGCCCAGGAUUUCCAGGUUUACCAACUCCAGGUUCUAUGCAGCAGCAAGCUUUAACCCAGACUCCACAGGUCCAGCAAGCAGCAGAAUAUCAGCAAGCCCUCCUACAGAGUCAGCAACAGCAAUUACAACAACUAUCACAACCAGAAAUGCAGCUCCAGCUGCUCCAAAAGAUCCAACAGCAAAAUAUGUUAUCUCAGCUGAACCCGCAGCAACAGUCCCAGUUGAUUCAGCAGUUGUCUCAGAAAAAUCAGGAAUUUCUCCAACAACAAAUAUUGCAACAUCAGUUAGGUGGCUCUGAUGCUAUGGGUCAGUUCAAACAAUCACAACAAACACCUUCAAACCAUAUCACAGGAUCUUUGACGCCCCAGCAGCUUGUAAGGUCUCACUCGGCGCUUGCCGAGAGUGAGGAUCCAUCAAGCUCAACUGCUCCUUCAGCCAGCCGUAUUUCUCCAAUGAAUUCGUUGAGCAGAGCACACCAAGGGAGCAGAAAUUUAACUGACAUGACAACAUCACCACAUAUUGAGAACUUACUUCAGGAAAUCCAAAGCAAGUCAGACAAUCGAAACAAGAAUGAUAUGCAGGGUAGCAAAGAAUCAACCCCUGUACCCAAUCGAUACCCAGUUUCAGAUCAACUUGAUGCAUCGUCUGCCACCUCCUUUUGUUUAGAUGAGAGCCCACGAGAAGGCUUUUCUUUUCCCCCAGUUUGUUUGGAUAGCAAUGCUCAAGUUGAUCCAAGAGAUAACUUCCUUAUUGCGGAAAACGAGGACUCGUUGAUGCCAGAUGCCCUAUUAUCAAGAGGGAUGGCUUCAGGAAAAGGUAUUUGCAAUUUGCCUUCUGAACAAAGGGAUCACAGGGAGGUUGAGAAUGAGCUAUCCUCUGCUGCAUUCAGUUCCCAGUCAUUUGGUGUUCCUGACAUGUCCUUCAAGCCUGGAUGUUCAGGUGAUAUUGCUGUUAAUGAUGGUGGAAUACCAAGCCAAGGAUUGUGGAAUAAUCAAACACAGAGGAUGAGAACUUUCACUAAGGUUCAAAAGCGUGGAUCUGUGGGGAGAUCAAUUGAUAUCACACGGUAUACAAAUUAUGAUGAACUUCGGCAUGAUCUUGCAUGCAUGUUUGGUAUUCAAGGGCAGCUUGAAGAUCCCUACAGAAUGGACUGGAAGCUAGUCUAUGUUGAUCAUGAGAAUGACAUCCUCCUUGUUGGUGAUGACCCCUGGGAGGAGUUUGUGAGCUGUGUGAAGAGCAUCAAAAUACUAUCAUCUGUUGAAGUACAACAAAUGAGUUUGGAUGGUGACCUUGGUGGCAUCCCUCCACAGACACAAGCCUGUAGUGCAUCUGAUGAUGCAAAUGCUUGGAGAGGCUAAUCAUGUGAAUACAAAUGAAUAUGCUUCUUACCAUUGAUUGUUUAAAGGAUACAUAGAGAUUUAAGGAUCUAAUACAACUAGUGUUAUUCUAAGGUUAGACCUAGAGUCAACUCACUGACAAAUUGAUCAGAAUGCUUCUAGCGGAAGAUGAACCGUCUUAUUUGGGAGCUCUGGAGUCUGGACAUCCUAUUCCCACUAAAAUUUGGCUGACUUAUCAACAAUGACCAGAUUAAUUCGGAAAUGCUUCAAAAUUUUCUCAAGCUACCUUUGUUUACCUGGGAUUUCCAGUCAUUGUGGAUCUUACAAGUUGUUGAACUAUCUGACCGUAAAUAUGUGUUUUUUUUGUACAUCCCAAUGUAAUAGUGCCAGUACUGAAGUAAAAAGUUGUAUUGGCAGCAGAAACUUGUUCCAGUGCUCAAAGAUAUUCUGCAUGUUUUUUUGUUC